AUGCGAGCCACACCAAUUCUUGGUGCUUAUCCUCGUUUGCGCCACGAUCACCCAUCUGGGUCUACAAAGAAAAACCAUCAAAGUUUUUUUACCCUCAGACCACGACAAGAUAUCCUACAGACGGUUUUUGCCUUAAUGGGGGUCUCAGCUGUGUCAAAUCAUCGGCGAUCAACCUGUCAAGAUUGCCGGAAAGGACGGAGGCGAUGUGGCUCCUACCGUGCGCCCAUUUUUCCGCGAUUGCGCGAUAUGGCUGAGGUGUGGCGAGCCCAAAAAUCUGUCUUUCGCAAUUUCUUGGCUACUUUGGAACAACAUUCUCAUGUCGUGAUGCUGCCACAGUGCUAUAUCUCUCUCAAAUAUAGGUGGGAAUCCUACUGUAUAAACAGAAUGGUCUGA